AUGCCUUCCAGAAGUAACAGCACAGAAAGCCCAACCAGAUCAAAGCUGAGCCAGCAAAGUCCAAAAGACCACCAUAAAGAAGAGGUUGGUUACAAUGGGAGAGGAAAUGUGCCAAGGCAGCAGAAGAAGGACGAUGUAGCCCAAGCCAGUACCAUCCUAAGAAGCCCUAAGGCAGAGAAAAAACAAAGAAGUUCUUUCAAGAAAAGAGAGGAUCUCUCUCGUGAUGACUUGCUAUUUCUCCUUAGUGUGCUCGAGGGCGAAUUACAGGCUCAAGAUGAAGUUAUAGGAGUCCUUAAGGCUGAAAAAAUUGACUUGGCUUUGCUUGAAGCACAAUACGGCUUUGUUACUCCCAAGAAGGUGUUAGAGGCCCUCCAGCGAGAUGCUAUUCAAACAAAGGCUGAGCAAUGGCAAGAAGAUAUUUAUGAAAAGCCUAUGGGAGAGCUUGAUAAAGUUGUAGAGAAACAGAGAGAAACUCACAGACGAAUGCUGGAGCAACUUCUAAUGGUAGAAAAAUCACACAGACAGACACUGUAUGAACUGGAGGAAGAGAAGAGGAAGCACAGCAAAUACAUGGAAAAAAGUAAUGAGUUUAUAAACUUACUGGAACAAGAACUAAAACAAUUUUCUCCUGCACUGCUACCCUCUCCCAUGAUGAGUGGGGAAAGAAAUAGUCAUUGCAAUAUGCCUUCCUUGCAAAAAUGCAUAAGUUCUCCUGAAAAGAUGGAGAACUGCUCUUGUGGUAGCUCUGGUCAACACUUUUAA